AUGCCGUCUCCAAUCGUCGCAGAGAUCGAUGGCAGAGUAAAUGUCCUUAGCGGAGAUCAUUGCUCUGGAAGGAAAGCAAUCCCCGAGGACACCGCCAAUUGCUUUCUGGAUUUGGAACCGCCCAAGAUCAGUAGCGUCGACUGGUGUUGUCGGUGGAGGCCGCUUCCCCCACCUCCCUUCUACGUGCCGGGCACCGAUGACUACGCAAAUUACUCUCAUUGUCUCAAGUUCAAACAGGGUGUCAUCGGCAACAAGUUGUAUGUGGUUAUCGGCGGACGUACGUAUUCUUUUGAUGCUAGCACCGAAACCUGGGAUGAAGGGAGGGAGUGA